AUCAAGUUGGCCAUGCCCACUCAGUCACAUGACCACCUAGCCACACCUACCUAGCCGAUCAUUAGUGGCCCACGGGAUUCAAAUUAUGAAUUUAGUGGUCCCUGAGGUCCGAAAGGUUGGGGACCCCUAUCUUAAAAUUAAUUGGGAACUAGUCCUAGAUCUAACCUGUUUGGGAAUACAUCCCGUUUAAUUAAAGAUUUGGUGGGUGCAUUUGUACACCAUAAUAAGCUUGGGCGGAAUUAAUCUCUUAGAUUUUUUGUAGUUUACCAUAGUGAGCAAACCCUGCUGUUAGGUUAAUUUAUGAUAUACAGGUAGUCAUUGACUUAUAACCAGUUAGUGACUGUUUACAUUUACAAUGACACUGAAAAAAGUGACUUAUGACCACUUCUCGUUCUCGCAUUUAUGACUGUUGCACUUUCCUUAUGGUCAUGUGAUCAAAAUUAUUGCCAUAUAUUUAUGAUGUUCCACUGCUCCAGGGCUAUCUGAUCACCAUUUGAACCUUCCCAGGUGUCUUCUGACAAGCAAAGUCAAUGGGGGAAGCCGGGUUCAUGUAACAAAUGCAGAGAUUCACUUAACAACUGUGGCAGAAAAGGUCAAUGACUGUAGUUUCACUAGAAGAAGCUGGAAAAAUUCAAAUUUCAAUACGGUAAUAUUACUGUUAUACAUAAAUUCCUUGUCUGUUAUUUAUCUGUUUUAUCAUAAAAAGCAACAUACAAAACAGAAAAACAACAAAAAACUGUAAAAGAAACAGAGGAAAGAAUAAGGAUUUUGAAAUAACCUAACUAAGAUAUAUAUGUAUAGCUGGACAUUUUGACAACUUCUGUUAAUUGGUAUAAUUUGUUGAUUAUGCAACUUUCAGAAGAGAAAACCAUAUUUUGUGUUGUUACAUGCUACAUACACUAUAUUGCCAAAAGUAUUCGCUCACCCAUCCACAUAAUCAGAAUCAGUUGUGAGCGAAUACUUUUGGCAAUAUAGUGUAUUUUGUGCCUUUCAUACUGUAGUUUUAUCAUGGUAAGAUCCGUUAUAGGAGAUUUUGCUCUAUUUUGUUUUAUAAAAGAGCCACUUCAAGGAUGGAAGGACAUGGAUAUACCGUAAGUAAUUAUAUGGAUAACAGUAGGAGAAAGAGAAAACAGCUAGAGUGUGAAACCAUAAGGGAUUAUAAACCUUCAUUUAUCUCAAGUGAUAAUCUAUUACUUUUUUUUUUUUGCUUUUAGAACAACCAAAUUAAUUUUAUUGGUUCUAUAUUGAAAUUCUAUAAGAAUUCCUGCUCUACUUUAUUUCCACCUUACAAAAAGACCAAGUUUUAAUGAAUUCAUAUUUUUCCCCUUACAUUGGAAAAACUUACGUCAUAGCAUUUAUUAUACAGAGGUGGAAAGAAAUAUUUAGGCCAUUAAGUCCAACAGCAUUGAAAAUCAGGGUUGAUAUCAAAAGAAAGCAUAAAAGACUUUCCUAUUUGCAUUAAUUUGUGGAAUUGGAUAUCAUUUUUGUAGGGUCAGUCUAGCCAUAAGAUAUUUUCACAGACUAAAUUACAGAAACUUCCUCUUCUGUCCUCUUGACUCAACUGCGUGCAACUGUGUGAACUAUGUGUAACUAGUUUCCAACCAAAGGCCUCAAUAAAUUUAAUAUAUACAUUCAAGUAAUUCAGUCCUGAUGUUCCUCUAGCACUGUGACGGUGAACCUAUGGCACAUGUGCCAGAGAUGGCACAUAGAGCCCUCUCUCUGGGCACAUGCACAAUUGCCCACCGCACUUCUGGGUUUCGUUGCAUGCAUGCAUGAAGUCCAGCUGGCCAGCACACAUGGAUGUGAUGGAACCCGGAAGAGAGCUGCUGGCUGCGCGCACAUGCACAGCUGUUCUCUUCUGGUUUUGGUGGUCCAGCACAAGUACACACUCCAGUGUCGGUGCUUGGUGCCAAAAAGCCACCACUGCUCUAGCAUGUGCUAAUGGGGCUACUAAACAGAAUUGGAUAUUUUAUGUUUUUUAUGCCCGUUCAGCUUGUUUGCUUUAUCUUGAAAGGAUUCAUUCCUACCACUGGAAAAGAAAACUUCAAACUUCUAGCAAGACGAAGCUCCAGCUAACAUGGAAAGGAAACUUCUGUGUGCUGUAACCAAAAGAGUAGAUGAAACAGUGGAUAUCUGCUUCUUGGGCCAGGAGCAUUUAAUCAGAAUCAGCGAGGAGAGACACGCACCAGAAGAUUCAAAACCAAUGGAAUUAUAUGGCAAGUCAGCCUAUAAAGGAGAAGAUUGUGGUUUCCAGAACUGGGAGUGGUCAAAGACCUUAGCAAGCCAAGAAAGAGCAAAAAACACCCCAGGGGAGAAAGCAAAUAAUGGCAUUCCCUGCAGAGAAGGGAGCCCAGCUCCUUGUGGAACUAGUGUCCAGUUGAGAAUUGACACUGUGGAUAAUGGAUGGAAGAGUGAGAGUGAUGGGAAACCAUCAGAAAGAGUCAAAUCUGAGGAACUGAAAGAAAAUUUUUGGAAUCAGAGUAGACCAAUGGGAGAAGAUGGAGGUUUUGUGGAGAAAAGAGGUGAUAAAUCUAUUACUUCUCAAGGCAGAAAUUUCAAUGAAAGCUCAGUUCAGCCUAGCAGCCAAACAGAUAAAAGAUGUAACAAUUGUCUGACUAUUCACCAGUUCAUCCAUGCAGAGGGAAAGUCAAGUAAAAACUUCAAAUUUGGGAAGAGUGUGAAUUGGAACCAAAACCUUGCUGAUGGUCAAGCGUUUCUGGAAGACAAGAAACUCUACAAAUGUUUGGAGUGUGGAAAGGGCUUCAGUCACAGCUCAAGCGUCUCUUCGCAUCAGAGGAUUCACAGAGGGGAGAAGCCCUAUAAAUGCCUGGAGUGUGGGAAGGGCUUCAAUUCGAGCACAAGCCUUUCUUCGCAUCAAAGGACACACACAGGGGAGAGGCCAUUCAGCUGCUUGGACUGUGGCCUGAGUUUCCGUGACCAUUCAGGCCUUAUUAAACACAAGCGGAUUCACACUGGAGAAAAACCCUACCGUUGCCCGGACUGUGGCUUGAGCGUUAGCACUCAGUCGAGCUUAGUUAGACAUCAGAGAAUCCAUACAGGAGAGAAACCAUAUCGGUGCACGGAAUGCGGGAAAUACUUCGGUCAGAGCACAGACCUUGCUUCACACAAAAGAACCCACACCGGUGAGAAACCCUAUAAAUGCUUAGAGUGUGGAAAAAGCUUCAGCCGAAGCACGAGCCUGACUUUGCACCGGAGAAUCCACACCGGGGAGAGACCGUACAGCUGCUUAGACUGCAACAAGAGCUUCUCUGACCAGUCAAGCUUCAUUAAGCACGAGAGAAGCCACACAGGGGAGAAGCCGUACAAAUGCCUGGAGUGUGGGAAGAACUUCAGUCGGAGCACAAGCCUUUCUUCACAUCAAAGGACACACACUGGAGAGAGGCCUUUCAGCUGCUUGGAUUGUGGCCUCAGCUUCCGGGACCAUUCAAGCCUGGUGAAACACAAGCGGAUUCACACCGGGGAAAAGACGUACAGCUGCUCAGACUGUGGCCUCAGUUUUACCACUCAGUCCAGCCUGGUUAGGCAUCAUAGAAUCCACACAGGAGAGAAACCAUAUCCAUGCUCAGAGUGCGGGAAGUACUUUGGCCAGAGCACAGAUCUUGUUUCACAUAGAAGGAUUCACACGGGGGAGAAGCCCUAUAAAUGCUUGGAGUGUGGGAAGAGCUUCAGUCGAAACACAAGCCUAACUUUGCAUCAGAGGAUUCACACCAGGGAAAGACAAUAAAGAUUUCAGUAGGAAAAGCGGGGAGGGGGGGGAACCUAUGCAGAAAAGAAGUCGUGUUUAUAUGCACAGAAAGAUCUUCAGAGAACAAGCAUUACUUCGAAAUAUUUAAAUUGGACUUUUCACCAACCUGUGUAGACUUAAUUGUAUUUUUGAAGGUAGCCAUAUGAAAAAGUUAUUAUGUUGAUACUUGUUCUCUUAAGAAGUCUCUGCUGUGGUCGUUGCAAAUAUAGAUUAGAAAUAGAUUGGCAAUUCUAACGUAUUGUUUAAAUUGAAAAGUAUGCAUAAUUAAAUUUUACAUCGCUUGCAAAGAAUGUUUUUUUUCUAACAAAAGUUAAAGUAUAUAUCUGCAAGAAAAUUUUGAACACUUUCAGAGAAACCAUCUAAAUUUAAUAAAAUAAUUGUGUGGAGUGAAAUUAACCAUGCUGUUUCCCCUGGCAGUGCCAGUUACAGCUUUUACAAAAGAACGAAAUUAGUCUGAUAGCCUACAGAAUGGGAGAAAAAGCAUCCAGGUGUGUUUGCAAGCAAAAGGGAAAGUUUUAAUACAUUAAAGCUUUAAAGGUCUGUAAUUGAUUACUACGAAUUUUUAAUACAUUCCUGGAGAUAAGCUACAUAACGGGACUUAACCUCCGAGUAGGUUUGCAUAGAAUUGUGCUGUAAGCCAGUAAAAGAUCAAAGUAGAAAUGCAGAUCACUGAAAUCGGGCUUAAUAUUUCUGAUCAAGGUCUGUCCUAAGUUGAGGCAAGGGCAGAAGGGUAAAAGAAACACUGGCAAUUAAGAGAAGGAUAAGCAAUGCCUGCAAGGAAAAUGCAAAAGGGGGCUUCUAAGAUAGGAGUGAUCUUGAAGGAAAAAGUUGGUACUUUUAAAUUGCAUACUACACACUCAUUUAGCUCAGUAAAUACAGAUAGUCCUUGCUCAGCAAUCACAGUCGAGACCAGCAACUCAGUCAUUAAAUGAAGUGGUCACUAAGUGAGAUGACUGCUUAUGACCUUACAUCGGUUUUCCUUUGCUUUACAGACCUGUGAAGUUCAUAAAUUUGAGGACUGGUCCCAAAGUUACUUUUUCAUCACUGUCAUUUGCUAAACAGUUGCUAAAUGAGGACUAUCUCUGAUGUCAAAAUACGCAAUAGCUGUAAAGGAAAAGUCAUAAAUUUCAUAAAAGAUACAAAGUGCAGGCAUUUAGCAGACUUAAGGGUUAGAUUCCUGGUUGAAAAGUGUUGCUGAAAUUGUGUGGCUUCUUAAGAUGUGGUAGAACUGUUGGAAAAUUGAUAGUGUUCCUUUUGAGAUUGUUUCAUUCUGGAUUAGUUUAUUUAAUGUAAUUUAAAUCAUUGUUUUAAAAAAUUGAAUCACCAAGAGAUUAAAACCCCGCUGUUACACUUUAA